AUGUCUCAACUCGAAUCACAAUCAGGCUCUGCCUUGGGGGCGUAUUCAGAAAAUCAAACGGUUGUGGUACAAGAACAGCCCCGUACUGCAACGCCGGAUGGAGGCUACGGCUGGAUCGUGACCCUCUGCGUUGCAGUCGUCAAUGCCCAUUCGUGGGGCGUCAACGCCGCAUACUCGGUGUUCCUGGCUUAUUAUCUAAAAAACGACACGUUUCCGGGCGUCGGGCCCCUCGAGUAUGCGUUGGUCGGAUCCUUGAGCAUCGGAACCACUCUUUUACUCUCUCCACUGGUGACUAUGUUUGUUCGAGCCGUCGGGACACGGCCUACCAUGGUCUGCGGUGCUCUCCUACAGUCAGUGAGCCUCAUAUGCGCGAGCAUAUCGACUGCCUUUUGGCAGCUUUUGCUGUCCCAGGGUGCCUUCUUCGGCGUCGGAAUGGGGUUAUUGUUUCUUCCAUCGUACGGUAUCGUUUCCCAAUGGUUCACCAAGCGACGUGCACUGGCCAAUGGGGCGGCGAUCGCAGGAGCUGGUCUUGGAGGCCUCACAUAUUCCCUGAGCGCAUCGGCGAUGAUUGGGAGCCGGGGUCUGUCCUGGACCCUUCGAAAUUUUAGCAUCAUUACCUUUGUGGUCAAUACAACAGCCAUUUUACUCAUCAAAACCCGGUACGAAUCAAUUGGUUCACGGCAACUGGCCUUUGACUUUACUCUUCUCAAACGAAUGGAAUACAUCGCUUUGCUGGUCUUUGGCUCUUUGAGUAUGCUUGGUUAUUUCGUUCUGGUCUUCACCCUCGCCAACUAUGCGAAUGAGAUCGGGCUUGACGACUCUCAAGCGGCAGUCAUUCCGGCUCUCUUUAUGCUAGGCCAGGCACUCGGGCGUCCACUCAUUGGACACUUCGCCGACAGUUUUGGGCGUUUCAAUCUGGCCACAUUGAUGACCUUGUUGACCGGCGUCUUUGCGUUGUCAAUUUGGAUCAACGCCAAAACUUACGGAUUACUGAUCUUCUUUGCUCUUGUGCAGGGCACCGUGGGUGGUGUCUUUUGGGUACUCGCUGCGCCGGUCAUGGCUGAGAUCAUUGGUAUCGAAAAUCUACCCUCGGGACUGAGUAUCUUCUGGGUUGUGCUGGCUAUUCCGUCGAUUGCAAGUGCGCCAAUCGUCCUACAGAUUGUGGCCAAGAGCGGGUCGUAUGUCUGCGCACAGAUCUUCACAGGAGUUGUCUUCGUUGUUGCUGGUCUCUGCAUGGGCCUUCUUCGACGUUGGCAGAUUAGCCAAAAUGCUAAGCAGAGGAGUGAAAGGACCUUGGACCGAACUGACGCCGUAGCAGAGGAAGCACAGCGUGGACAUCCCAAAAGGUUUGUCCGUGCCUGCUUUCGGACGCAAAUUAUCUGA